AUGUCUAAUCCAGAAUCGUUUCCAGAUCUACUAUCUGACUCAGUUCUAAAUGCCUUGUCACUUGAGACUUUAGUCAGUCAAGGAGCAGAAGCACGAAUCUAUCGCACUAAGUUGUUCCAUUCAACAUAUACUUUUCCAUGUAUUGUAAAAGAAAGAUUUGUCAAACGGUAUCGUCAUAGUACAUUGGAUGCUACUUUGUCGAUGCAGCGAAUGCGAGCUGAAGUCAGACAGCUGUUGCGUUGUAGAGAAGUAGGAAUAGAUGUCCCUCCAGUCCUUCUAGUUGAUGUUCGACGACGUCGGAUUUGGCUCGGUGAAGUUGGUUCAGAUGCUGUCACACUUCAAGACUGGUUUAAAAAAUUAUCUUCUCUUGCAACUGAAUCAGAUUUAUGUACCAUGGAUAUCCAGGAGAAAACAGCUUCACGAUUGCGAAAUUUAACAACGGCAUUAGGUCGAUUACUUGCUCAGCUACAUUCUAAUCAUAUAAUACAUGGUGACUUGACUAUGUCCAAUAUUCUGGUUCAACAGCUAGAUAAUUGUGACAAAGAAUCCGAUUUUCGAAUCGUUCCUAUAGAUUUUGGACUUUCAAGCUCUUCUUCUGGAUUAACCUCACAGCGUUUGGCAGAAGAUAAAGCUGUGGAUCUGUAUGUGUUUGAACGGGCUUUAACGUGUGGUCUUGAUCACAAAGCCCUGUCAAAAAUUACCGCUGACCACUCCGAUUUAAAUACUCCAGAGUCGCUUCUAAAUUUAAUUAUAAAGUCCUAUCGGGGUAAUUAUGUAUCGACAAUACUGGAUGAUCAACAGAUGAAGUCUAAACAUGAUAAUGCAAAAUCUAGUGGUCAUUUGGAAAAUCAAGAUCACGAAGUCAAAGAAAUUUUAAACAAAUUGGAGGACGUUCGACUUCGUGGUCGAAAACGUCUGAUGAUCGGUUGA